CAUAUGUAUAACAUCAGAGAACAUCCCUUUCUCAAGAUUACGCCGCACUUACAGUCCCGCAUCGCUAAGUACGACAAUGUAAACCAUCCUCAAUCCCAUCCACCAAAAACGACAGCCAUGACUUCUGGACCAUCCUCAAAACCCGCCCCUCCCUCUCCCUCUGCAUCCUUCUACGAUGUCUCGGACGACGAAGAAGGGGAAUACAAUACUAUAGCACAUACUUCCCACUCAAAGGGUGUCAAACUACUGUUUUCCAAGAGCAAGGUCUAUGUCCAUCCUACACCCUCGGCAAAAGACAAUAUACCCGGCUUCAUUGCCCUUGUCCAGCAGAAAUCCUCCCCUCUCUCCUCCGACGAAAGACCAACUUCGGCCGACUCGAGCAAGAAAAGAGCCAAUGCCUCAUCAUAUCUCCUUGCUUGGGUCCCAGAAUCCGCCCUUUCGCAGGACGACCUGAGCACCUAUGUCAAGGUGGACAUGGAAGAUGGCGAGUCCCCUCCGCGACAAUCAUACUUGGUCCCCCCUCUCCCUCUUGCAACCACAUUCGACGAAUCUCCUGUUGGGCCCUACGCAUUCUCUCUACCACUUUCCAGUAUCUACUCAAUUCACGUCCGACCACCUAGUCUGGGUUGGUGGUACGGCAGCAUAGUCAUCAACACUCGUGCAGGGUCAAGCUUACCUGCCCUGUUCUUCCACGACUCGGAAUGUGAGAGCACGAUUUUGCAAAAGAAGAAGAGAGCUCGUGAAUCUUUCGACCCUUUCGGUGAGACUGGUGAUCUGUUUUGGGGUGGAGAUGAGAUCUUGCGGUGGUUGAAGAGAUACGUGGCGGUCGAACGGAGCACAGCAGAGCCCUCGAUCUACUUGAUAGAUCCAUCGGAAGAAGAUCGUCUCGGGUUCGGGCAAGGCCGCAAGUCCGUUGAAAACCAAGACAAGAGAAAGAGUAUGUCAGAACAGAAGAAGCCAGAACAAAAGAAACAACCAUCUGGACCAGGAAUGGAUCCCCUUACAAAAGCACUGAAAGAAACCAGGUGGAAAAUCCUGGAGCAGUUGUCCAAAGUCACGACCUUUACCCGUCGUACCGCAGAAGAUCUUGCUAAUAACAAGAAUCUGCCACCUCAACUUCGACGACUGCUCCAAAAUCCGGAAGUACAAACGCUUCAGGAUGAGUUCGACAGUGCGAAGCUUUACCUCGCUAAAUGGGCAGCGAGCAUUGCCGAGCAGAGCGACAGGGAGAAACGACAACGGAUCUGGACUGCCAGAGACGUUCUCGAGUCUGAAGAGACGAGCGUUGGCGAUUUCGAAAUCCUAGAAAUGGAAGCGGGCCGCAUGACUCUGUCCGACAGCAAACGCCGGCCCGUGGACAUGAAGGAGUGGGCGUCGUUCUUCGACUCCAAAGGCAAACUCCAAGUGACAGUCGACGAGGUCAAGGAACGUAUCUUUCACGGCGGUCUAGACCCCGAAGACGGUGUACGCAAAGAAGCUUGGCCGUUCCUCCUCGGCGUGUACGACUGGGACAGCACCGAAGACGAACGACACGCGCACGCGAAUAGUAAGCGGGACGAGUACAUCCAGCUUAAAGGCGCAUGGUGGGACCGCAUGAUCGACGGCGGAGCCACGCCCGAGCAGGAGGAAUGGUGGAAAGAGCAGAAGAACCGGAUCGAGAAAGACGUACAUCGUACCGACCGCCACAUCCCGCUAUUCGCGGGCGAAGACAUCCCUCAUCCAGAUCCGACCUCGCCCUUCUACAACCCCAACGGACCCGGCACGAAUGUGCACAUGGAGCAGCUCAAGGAUAUGCUGCUCACGUAUCUCGAGUACGAUACUCCUCCUUCCAAUGGCCCCAUCCCCGCAGCGCAACCAUCUUCUUCGUCAACUGCCGCACCAACGUUGAGGCGCGUCUAUCAAACCCAGAAUCCCCAUCCGCAAAACCUAGGCUAUGUCCAAGGCAUGUCGGAUCUCCUCUCGCCCCUGUACGCUGUAUUCCAGGACGACGCGCUCGCAUUCUGGGCGUUUGUCGCUUUCAUGCGCCGCAUGUCGCGCAAUUUUGUCCGCUCCCAAUCCGGCAUGCGGUCGCAACUCAACACGCUCGACCAAUUGGUCCAAAUCCUUGACCCAAAAUUAUAUCUCCACCUCCAGAGUGCAGACAGCACGAACUUUUUCUUCUUCUUCCGCAUGCUGUUGGUCUGGUAUAAACGCGAGUUCGACUGGACCGAUGUCCUGAGACUGUGGGAGUCCCUGUGGACUGAUUACUAUAGUUCUCAGUUUCAUCUGUUCAUCGCGAUGGCGAUACUCGAGAAGCAUCGCGACGUUAUUAUGGACCAUCUGCGACACUUCGACGAGGUGCUAAAGUAUAUAAAUGAGUUGAGUGGGACGAUUGAGUUGCAGGAGACGCUCGUCAGGGCGGAGGCGCUGUUCAAGAGGUUCGAAAAGACGGUGGAGGCGGUGGAUCGGAGGAAUGCCUUUCCCGCGCCAAAUGCGUGUGAGUCGCAAGGGGAGGUCAGGCAGAGAAAGCAAGGCGAGGAUGACAAGGGCAAGCAGAACAUACAACACGGUGCUAAGGCAACGGGCACGAGUGCGGGAUCGUCGAGAAGUCCGGCGAGUCAGGCGCAGGUGCAAAGACCGGUCUCACAGGGGCGACAGCCGCAAAAAGGUGGGAAGGAAACUGACAAGGACAGCGAGAGGGAGAAGGUCAUCACGCCGGAACUCCGGUUGCUGUUAAGCAAGAAGAUCAUCACGCUUGAAGGAGAGGAUGGAAGUGGGACUGAUGCGUCGAGGACGAGGGCGAGCGGAUUGAAAGACUAGACAGAACGUCUGGCCGUUACGAUUGCUACUUGUUCGGUGUCUGGCGAGACAAUCGUUGGGAAGGAUCCAUUUACGAAAAGCUCGCAGGAUGGCUGUUUGGGCAGUAAUGACAAAAUGCCAGCACCAGUAUACGACUUCAGACAAGCAGGACCUGAGAAGCGAAUCUAGCCUAGUCAUCUGCUCGCAAUUUAUGGUAUCACGUCCAUUGAUGCAUUUUCAAGCUCAUA